AUGAAAGAAGAUAAAAGAACGAAGGAAACCGGUGACAGUGACGCAUUGGAGUCGGUUUUAUCGCACGUGGGCGAGUUAGGCUGCUAUCAGAAGCUAAUGUUAGUUUUGAUGUUGCCAUGCGGCGUGUUCUUCGCGUUUGUGUACUUCAGCCAGAUGUUCAUCAUGGCAACACCGCAGCGGCACUGGUGUCGGGUGCCAGAACUGGAGCAUUUGAGUAUGGAAAUCAGGUCAGGAUCAAGUUCUACUAUCAAUGGAGUCAAAAUCCUCGCCUUUUAA